GGUGGAGCUGGUGGACGCCCUUGUUGUUAAGAGGGGCCCCCUUCGUGGGCUCUGCGGCGCGGAGGCGAAAGAAAACUUUGUGUGAUGUGAUCCUCAUGGUCCAGGAAAGGAAGAUUCCUGCUCAUCGAGUUGUCCUUGCUGCAGCCAGUCACUUUUUUAACUUAAUGUUCACAACAAACAUGCUUGAAUCAAAGUCCUUUGAAGUAGAACUCAAAGAUGCUGAACCUGACAUUAUUGAACAACUUGUGGAAUUUGCUUAUACUGCUAGAAUUUCUGUGAAUAGCAACAAUGUUCAGUCCUUGCUAGAUGCAGCAAACCAGUACCAGAUUGAACCUGUGAAGAAAAUGUGUGUUGAUUUUUUGAAAGAACAAGUUGAUGCUUCAAAUUGUCUUGACUUUUUGAAGUACCCUUGGAAGCAUAGUAUAAGUGUGCUGGCCGAGUGUCUGGACUGUCCUGAACUGAAAGCGACUGCAGACGACUUUAUUCAUCAGCAUUUUACUGAAGUUUACAAAACUGAUGAAUUUCUCCAGCUUGAUGUCAAGCGCGUAACACAUCUUCUCAACCAGGACACUCUGACUGUCAGGGCAGUGGAUCGUGGAAUGAGGUACCAUCUCCUGUCCCCAGAAGAUCGAGAAGAACUCGUAGAUGGCACCAGGCCUAGAAGAAAGAAACAUGACUACCGCAUAGCCCUCUUUGGAGGCUCCCAACCACAGUCUUGUAGAUAUUUUAACCCAAAGGAUUAUAGCUGGACAGACAUCCGCUGCCCCUUUGAAAAACGCAGAGAUGCAGCAUGUGUGUUUUGGGACAACGUAGUAUACAUUUUGGGUGGCUCUCAGCUUUUCCCCAUAAAACGAAUGGACUGCUACAAUGUGGUGAAGGACAGCUGGUACUCCAAACUGGGCCCCCCAACCCCUCGAGACAGCCUGGCUGCCUGCGCUGCAGAAGGCAAAAUUUAUACCUCGGGAGGCUCCGAAGUAGGGAACUCAGCUCUGUACCUGUUUGAGUGCUAUGACACAAGAACAGAAAGCUGGCACACCAAGCCCAGCAUGCUGACUCAGCGCUGCAGCCACGGCAUGGUGGAAGCCAACGGCCUCAUCUAUGUGUGUGGAGGAAGUUUAGGGAACAAUGUCUCUGGGAGAGUGCUUAAUUCCUGUGAAGUUUAUGAUCCUGCCACUGAAACGUGGACUGAGCUGUGUCCAAUGAUUGAGGCCAGGAAGAAUCAUGGGCUGGUUUUUGUAAAAGACAAGAUAUUUGCUGUGGGCGGUCAGAAUGGUUUAGGUGGUCUCGACAAUGUAGAAUAUUACGACAUUAAAUUAAAUGAAUGGAAGAUGGUCUCCCCAAUGCCCUGGAAGGGCGUGACAGUAAAGUGUGCUGCCGUCGGUUCUAUAGUUUAUGUCUUGGCUGGUUUCCAAGGCGUCGGUCGAUUAGGACACAUCCUUGAAUAUAAUACUGAAACAGACAAAUGGGUCGCCAACUCCAAAGUCCGUGCUUUCCCAGUCACCAGUUGUUUAAUUUGUGUUGUGGAUACUUGUGGAGCAAAUGAAGAGACUCUUGAAACAUGAAAAAUGAGUGGAGCUGAAGAUUCUCCAGACACUCAAAAAUAUGGCCACCAGUGCUUGUUCCGAGAGAGUGGCUACAAAGUUUUGGUUUGGUGUUUUGUUAAAGAAUGUUUAAAUGAAAUCCCUAUAAAAUUGAUGAUUGUUUUAUAUGGAUUUCCUUACUUAAUUCAAAGACCCUAUUUUAGCUGGCCAAAUAACCAAGAACAUAGCAAGAAAACUUGAAAAGUUAUAUGCAUUUGGUGGAAAUAUGAAUUUCUGGAAUGAAUUUCACAUUUGUAACUAUAUGACAGAGGAGGGACUGGCUCAUCAGUGAAGUACCCUCACCGUAACUCUGAUUCUAUUUUCAUACAUGAUGGAAGUGCUGUGUAGUUAGGUCUGAUUGUUUAGUCAAGAACUAAGAGUUCUUGAAGUCUAAUUCAAGAUGGGCAACUCUAAUGGAGCAACUUAGCCUCACAUGGUCUUGCUUGUCUUCAUUUGUUUCCUUUAGUGCCAAAUGUAUUCCAUUUUAAAAGUACAUAGGAGUGGGUCAUCAUACACUCACAAAAUUUCAUGAACAAUGUUUCUGGGGCUUAACGAUGUGCCCAACCCCUCAUAAAAUAUAUUUAAUCCAAUUAAAUAUAUUCCAUCUUUUUAACUUGAGAAAUAGUUAGCUUAGCACCCAUCACUAAUUUAUGUCACUGUUUCCACACAGUAGUUAACAAGACUCUGCCUCUUCAGUCCUCACUGCUAGAUAAAAUCCAAUCAUAAUAAGAAUGAUUCAAUAGGAAAAGAUAAAGCUAUUUAGCAAAAUUGUAGAUCAUUAGAAAAGCACUGAUCAUUGUAUCACAUCAUGUUAAUGCUGAACUAUGGAUUUAAAAGAUACAUGAUUUCUUUUUCCUUAGCAAAACAGUCAUAUUUAACACAGUUGUCUCUGAAAGUUUCAUAAUAACUUAAUGUAUGUAUUCUAUUCAUUGCUUCUACAUGGUCUGUAAAUCUUUUACAACCUCAGUUAUUCAAUUGUUUGCUAGUAACGUUUUGCCCUUUUCACUACAUAUGGAAUGAGCCAUAUAAAGCUGUCACCAUCAAUGUUUUUAA